CAUACGAUUAUUGUAUAUCAUUCAACUUACAACUAGAACAACAUGGGCUUUAAUGAUAUCAAGGGGAUGGAGAUUGCUUUGGAAGAAGCUAAAUUAGGAUAUGAAGAAGGUGGAGUUCCAAUUGGUGGAGCUUUAAUCUCAGAAGAUGGGACUGUAUUAGGACGUGGGCAUAAUAUGAGAUUUCAAAAGGAUUCAGCUACAUUACAUGGAGAGAUAUCCACUUUAGAAAAUGCAGGUAGAUUGAAGGGAAGUGUGUAUAAGAACUGUACUAUGUAUACUACAUUAUCACCGUGUAAUAUGUGUUCUGGAGCUUGUAUAAUGUAUGGUAUCAAGAGAGUUGUGUUAGGAGAAAAUGUUAAUUUCGUGGGAGCAGAAGAAUUAUUGAAAUCCCAAGGUGUUGAAGUGGUAAAUAUGAAUAAUCAAGAAUGUAUUGAUUUAAUGAAGAAGUUUAUAGAUGAAAGACCCCAAGAUUGGUAUGAAGAUAUUGGAGAAUAGACUUGAGAUGUGAAAGUAUUCAAUAUUUGAAGAGUUGGAGACAUUAAACGAACGAACGAACGAACGAAUGAAAAGUAUCUGAGUAUGUACAUAAGUAUAUCUCUUUAGUUAUGCAUUAUGUAAAUAGUUAUGAAUAAAAAGCAUUACUUAUAAUGAAAGACACCAUGUUUGAUGAUAAUUAAGGUCAUGAUACUAGAACUAUGAAUACCUUGAAAAAGUGAUAAAUUAACUGAUAAGAAAGGUUAUUAACUUCCACAUUCUAUACAAUUACACAUUCAAAUUACGCUUUCAUUGUUAGUAUCUUAACUAUGUGUUAUUACUUACUAUAUGGUAUAUGCCUUUAAAAGGGUGUGACAUCAGACCGAUUAAAAAUUGUCCGUUUUCACACGACCCUUUCUCUUUUUUUUUUUU